CGACCUAAAUACUUAAAAUAACUGAAAAGGUUUAUUAACUUGCUCCGUUAAGCUUCCAACUACUAAUGGAAAUACAUAAUAUAUGCGAUAUAACAUGAGCUAUACGAUCAUGACUAUUCCAAGCAUACAGUACUGACAUCUCAACAUAUUAUUACAGUUGGCGUUAUGCUAAAGUAACGCUGUACGACUAGAUUUCUUUGAUAAGUCAACCGUCAAAAACUCUACUAUUUGUACUCGGACUAUUUUGUCAUUACCUAGCUUGAUCCGGACACGCGCAUAAAAAAAGCACAAACCCGUGCUUCAUGACUUUAGAAGCUAGAAUUUACGAGGAACACCUGAAGGCAGCAGGACAAGUUGUCAAUGGGAAGGCUUCAAGAUGGUGAAAUUUGGGCUCCAGUUCAAAGCCACUCUGGAAAAUGUGACCAGUGUGAAACCAGAGGGCGACGACUUCCGCUGGUUUCUAAAGCUCAAGUGUGGUAACUGUGGAGAGAUCCCAGAUAAAUGGCAGUAUAUAACCCUCGCGGAGAGUGUGCCACUAAAAGGAGGUCGAGGCAGUGCCAGCAUGGUGCAGAAGUGUAAACUUUGCAGCAGGGAAAAUUCAAUUGAUAUCCUGGGGGACACCAUCACACCUUAUAAUGCCGAGGACAACGAAAAGUUCAAGACAAUGGUGCAGUUUGAGUGUCGAGGUCUGGAGCCCAUCGAUUUCCAACCACAAGCUGGUUUCGUUGCAAAAGGAGCAGAGUCUGGGACACCGUUUCCUGAAAUCAACCUACAAGAGAAAGACUGGACAGACUACGAUGAGAAAGUCAGCGAGUCGGUGGGAAUAUAUGAGGUCACACACAAGUUCAUCAAGUGCUGAUGUCAUCAUGUGAUGAGUGACAGAGAGAGAUGAAUGAACACUACGGCCAAACAUCCACUGUCCUGUUUCCUAAUAGCAAGGAUGCUUCAGAUGCUGAGGUGGCGUUGCUGAUGAUGAACGUUAAAGGCGUGGCUAAGGAUUUCAAGGAUGUCCAUACACAUGUCUUGGAUUGAUCAACAUGUCAAGGCUUUUUUUUUUUUUUUACUGCCUCAAUAAAAUUGAAUGGUGAAAAUUCUGA